GCCAAGCCGCGCUGCUCCACAAUUAUCGUCGGGAGUCGGGGUGCCGUUCAGUCGCAUUCCAUAAAUAAUCAAUGUCAAGCUUUCCUCCUAGCCCAAUCAUGGCUCUCAGAAUUGCAAAAUCUAACGACGACGCUCCACUGUCGGUGUUUAGCGCUGUAAAAUCCGUCACUAUGAUGGUUUAUCCUAGGGUUAUGCUGUACAACGCUUCGUUGGAUGCUCCUAUUGGUGGUUGGCUGUCACGGUCAAAAUGAUAUAUCGUGUGGUUCCCGUCUCUUGUUUCAUUCCUUUCGGUUUGGUUUCUCGUGAAUCAGAAACUUCUCGUUGGCUUUCCUGGAUACAUUACUGGCUAUGGCUGGUAGUCAUGAGACAUUAGGUACUGGACCUACCAGAUCACGGUCUUUGUCGUCCUCUACUCUCAACUCUGAGUCGCAUCUGUCGAAUAUUGAACCGCGCCGUCCAGGUACUGCACGCUCGACAGGGAGAUCGAGCUCAAGAGCUAUACAGAACGUUUCGCAUAUCGGUGGAACUGGCACCGGGCAAAAUUCUGACGAUCAAUCCGUACUGCACAGUAGUAAUGUAACUGAACAUGGUGCAGCGGUUCUCGAGCACGUGACAGCCCAAGGUGAAAAGAAUGGAAUCGAGCUUGGUCUCUCACAGCUUCGAGAUCCAAAAGAGCGGGGGAUUGACUUGGAAAAGGGUGCUCAGCCUACAUCUAGCCCAGAGAAGUCAAACAGUCCACAGCAGGACUCCAAACUAGUUACAUGGACUGGUCCUGAUGACCCUGACAACCCUAAGAAUUGGCCAACAAAGAAGAAAUGGGGAGCUGUUUUGAUUGUGUCCUGUUUUACAUUCAUCUCCCCAGUGAUGUCAUCUAUGGUUGCACCCGCAUUACAAACCAUGAAAUCCGACUUCCAUAUUGAAGAUGAAGUGACUUCCCAACUCAUGCUGUCCAUUUUCGUCCUGGCUUAUGCAUUUGGCCCGCUAUUCCUUGGGCCCCUAUCCGAGAUCUACGGUAGAGUCAUUGUCUUGCAGCUCGCGAAUUUGUUUUUCUUGAUAUUCAACAUCGCCUGUGGCGUAUCACGAACUUCGGCGCAAAUGAUCGUCUUUCGGUUUCUGGCUGGUCUAGGUGGCAGUGCCCCUUUAGCGAUAGGUGGUGGUGUGCUCUCUGACUGCUUUCUACCGGAGGAACGUGGUAAAAGCAUUGCUAUCUAUAGCUUAGCACCUCUCCUUGGCCCGGCUGUUGGCCCAAUUGCCGGUGGCUUCAUCGCGGAAAGGACGACAUGGAGAUGGGUAUUCUACGCCACGUCCAUCGCUGAUGGGGUCAUCCAACUCAUGGGUCUUUUCUUCUUGCGCGAGACAUAUGCCCCAAAGAUCCUCAGGACACGAGCGAAAAAGCUCCGCAAAGACACAGGAGACACCUCCUACGCGACCGAAGCCGAGCGACAGAACAAGACUUUACCUGAGGUUCUAAGCACAGCGCUUGUUCGCCCGUUCCGCCUUCUCGCAACACAGCCCAUCGUCCAAGCCCUCGCGAUAUACAUGGCCUACGUAUACGGUAUCUUAUAUUUGAUGUCAUCGACAUUUCCGGCCUUAUGGACCAGCCCGGAAUACUAUAAUGAGUCCACAGGCAUUGGCGGUCUAAACUAUAUUUCCCUUGGAAUAGGGUACUGCCUGGGCUCCCAGAUCUGCGCACGGCUCAAUGACCUCGUCUAUCGUCGUCUCAAAGCCCGCAACAGCGGCACAGGAAAGCCGGAAUUCCGCACCCCGCUACUAUCUAUUGCCGCCAUCCUCAACCCAGUUGGCCUUUUCAUCUACGGCUGGACCGCGCAAACCCACUGUCACUGGAUUGCCCCGAACAUCGGUGCCAUGCUCCUGGCUAUGGGCAACAUAGUCGCCAUGCAGUGCAUCCAGACCUACAUUGUCGAUGCCUACACGCGGUUCGCGGCUAGUGCGAUGGCCGCUGGUUCAUUCUUACGUUCCAUUGCAGGAUUUGGCUUUCCACUUUUCGCGCCGUACAUGUACCAGGCGUUGCAUUAUGGGUGGGGGAAUAGUUUGUUGGCUUUCAUCUCGAUCGCCAUUGGUAUCCCAGCACCGAUUUUCUUGUGGAAAUAUGGAGAGACGAUGAGGAAGAUGAGUACCUAUGCUGCGGGUUAAUAAUAUCUUAAGUAUGUGGAUAAGUAAUGCAUAAUGUGUGUACGUACUUGAGGUACUUUGCUAUAUUACCUGCCAUACUGCAAAUAAAAUGUAGCCAAGCUAUUAUUAUUUGAAAUUCUUUGCUUAUCUC